AUGACUUCCUCAAAUCUUCCCUAUGCCGCAGAUGCUGAAAGCCCGCUGAAGCCCGCAGAGCUGCAGGUCCUCCGUGCCCAGUAUGAAAAAGAAGGCGACUACGUUGGCGUCCAGACUAAGUUCAACUACGCUUGGGGUCUGAUCAAGUCUAACUCCCGAUCUGAGCAACAAGAAGGUGUCCGUUUGCUGUCCGAAAUAUUCCGCGCUCACCCCGAGCGACGCCGUGAAUGUCUCUUCUACCUGGCCCUGGGCAACUACAAGCUAGGAAACUAUGGAGAGGCCCGCCGAUACAACGAUCUUCUUAUCGACAAGGAGCCGGGAAAUCUACAGGCGGCCAGUCUCCGAACCCUGAUCGACGAUAGAGUAUCGCGCGAGGGGAUGGUUGGCAUCGCUAUCGUUGGAGGGCUGGCCCUCGCUGCGGGAGUAGUGGGAGGCAUGCUGUUCCGGGGACAGCGGCGAUAA